AUGGAAGGGACGAAGACACCCCCCCCCCCCGAUUGGGAGCUGGCCAAAGGCGAGGGAGGGUCUUCUACCCCCCCCCCCCCCCGUGUUCAUACGGUGCUGGGCACCAUGGAGUUCGGGCGGCGGGCCGACGCGGAGGCCAGCGGGGCCAUGCUGCGCGCCUUCCUGGCCCGCGGGCACGGCGGCCUGGAUACGGCGCACAUGUACGCGGCGGGCGAGUCGGAGCGCAUCCUGGGCGCCCUGCUGGCCGCCGAGCCCGGCGCGGCGGGGAGAGUCAAAAUAGCCACGAAGGCCAAUCCUUGGGAUGGUAAAACCCUGAAGGCCGAGAGCGUCCGCUCACAGCUGGAAGAGUCUCUUCAGCGUCUGCGGCUGCCGAGUGUGGAUCUCUUCUACCUCCACGCCCCGGACCACGAGACCCCCGUGGAAGAGACCCUGCGGGCUUGCAAUGAGCUUCACAAAGAGGGGAAGUUCAAAGAGCUCGGCUUGUCCAACUACACCUCUUGGGAGGUGGCGGAAAUCUACACCCUUUGCAAAACCCACCAAUGGCUGCAGCCAACGGUGUACCAGGGCAUGUACAAUGCAAUCACGCGCCAGGUGGAGAAGGAGCUGUUCCCCUGUCUCAGGCACUUCGGGAUGAGCUUCUACGCUUACAAUCCCCUGGCCGGGGGCCUCCUGACGGGGAAGUAUAAGUACGAAGAUAAAGAUUUAAGUCAACCACCCACCGGCAGGUUUUUCGGGAACGACUGGGCCAAAGUCUACCAGGACAGGUAUUGGAAGCAGCACCAUUUUGAGGGAGUGUCUUUGAUCCAAGGUGCCCUCCGUGAAGCCUACGGUGCGAAUCCUCCCACUUUGACCUCAGCUGCCCUGCGCUGGGUCUACCAUCACUCGGAACUGCAGGAUAAAUACGGAGACGCUGUGAUUAUUGGGAUGUCCAACAUGGACCAGCUGCAGGAGAAUCUCCGCUCCAGCGAGGAGGGGCCUCUCGUCCCGAGCGUGGUGGUGGCCUUCGAGAAAGCCUGGCACCUCGCAGCCCACGACUGCCCCAACUACUUCCGCUGAAGGCGUGCCAGGGGGCCUCGGUUCUUGGGUAAAGUGGAAUUAAAUGGCGCUCGCUGCA